AUGACCGGCUCCUGUUGCGGCUCCACCUGCUCUGAGGAGGGCUGCUGCCAGCCCAGCUGCUGCCAGCCUUCCUGCUGCAGGACCACCUGCUGCACCACCAACUGCUGCAGUGUGCCCAGCUGCUGCAGCCCCUGCUGCAGUCCCUGCUGUAGCCCCUGCUGCAGCCCCUGCUGUAGCCCCUGCUGUAGCCCCUGCUGCCGGCCCUGCUGCAGCCCCUGCUGUAGCCCCUGCGGCUCCAGCGCCAGCUGCUGUGGCUCCAGCUGCUGCCGCCCCUCUUGCUGCUGCAUCUCCAGCUGCUGCCGGCCCUGCUGCUCCAGCUCCAGCUGCUGCGGCUCCAGCGGCUGCCGCACCUGCUGCUGCCUGCGCCCGGUGUGUGGCCAGGCGUGCUGCUGCACCACCUGCUACCGCCCCACCUGUGUCAUCUCCACCUGCCCCCGCCCCAUGUGCUGCGCCAUUCCCUGCUGCAGCUGCUGA